CUAGCUUGAAAAUGUCAGUCAGUCCAUGAGGUGUUUUGCGGUUAGAUCUGAAACCAUCCUCUCAUUUCCAGCCCUUUGAGUGGCAAUAUGAUUUCACACUUUUUUGCAUUAAAUCCUGGUCAAAGACAACACCUGCCUGUUCCUUGGAGGAAGUGAUGCAAGAGAGAGAUUUUAGCUGGCUGUGAAUCUCAAUUAGGACAAGGGGUCACGUUGAGUGUAACAGUACAGUGAAAUCAUAACACUCUGCGAGGGACCACGGUGAACGGUUGGUGGAAGAAAACACAGUCAACAUCUACAAUUACACUAAAAUGCUACUAUGGAGAAAGAAGAAGCUAAAAGCCAAAAGUCACACUCAUCUCACUCAUUAAAGGCACAUUCAUCAAAAUUCUCAGUACAUUCAGGAAAACUAACUGUUCGUUCAGAAGCUGGGGCAUCUGCAAGGUCGUCAGCUUCAAGCCGAGCCAGUAUGGCUGCAGCACUUGCACAAGCAGAAGCUCAAGCUGCCAAAGCCAGACUAGCCUAUGCUGAGAAAGAGCUGAGCAUCAAAGUAGAAAAAGCAUGGUUAGAAGCAACUCUUGAUGUGCUCAACCUCCAGAAGGAAGCGGAUGCUGCCAUGGCCAAAGCCGAGGUGAUGGAAUCAGCUGCAGCUCAAUAUGAGAAAACAGAGAAAAGUAACGAACUGAGUUUCUUGCCCCUACAACCAACUACAGAAGACAAAGUGAGUGAGUACAUAAACAAACACAGUUACAACAAUGAGCCUACACAAAAUAGAGAGACUUACCAGCACAACUGUACAUUUCAAAAACAAUACCAACCAAGUGUUUACACACCUUCCCAUGUUAAACAAGAACGAAAUGACUAUCCAGUCCAGCCACCAGAUGGCGCCAAACGACCUCCACUAAGAGACAUAAUUCAGCAACCGAUGCAGUUUUCAAGCCCAAAUAAUGCCGACAACACAACCAGUGACCUUGCCAGAUUCCUAGCUAAAAGUCAACUAGUAACUGGAGGGCUAACUAAAUUCGAUGACAAGCCAGAUAGUUAUCUCAGCUGGAAAGCCACUUUCCAGAGCACCAUCAGAGAUCUGGGUCUUACAGCUAGCGAAGAACUGAACCUCCUCAUUAAGUGGCUCGGUCCUGAGUCUUCUGAACACGCAAAAAGAAUAAAGGCAGUCAACAUCAAGUUCCCAGAUGCUGGUCUGAACAUGAUCUGGGUGAGACUGGAAGAAUGUUACGGCUUGCCAGAAGCAAUAGAAAACUCCCUGUUCACAAGGUUACAGAACUUUCCAAAGCUUUCAAGCAAAGAACCUCAAAAGCUUCGUGAUCUGUCAGAUCUAUUGUGUGAGCUAGAAGCUGCAAAACUAGAUGGAUAUCUCACAGGUUUGAGUUACCUCGAUACAGCUAGAGGAGUGAGUCCAAUUGUGGAAAAGCUGCCUUUUCACCUUCAAGAGAGAUGGACAAUUGUGGGGUCGAGGUAUAAAGAGGACCAUAAUGUAAGCUUUCCACCCUUCUCAUUCUUUGUGAACUUUGUGAAAGGCCAGGCCAAAGCGAGGAAUGACCCGAGUUAUACCACAGCUUACAACCCACCUUUCAACCCUACAGUCAGUUACAAAAAAGGAAAGCCCACAAGUAACUACAGCCAAAGACAGUCCGUCACAGUACACAAGACAGAAGUGUCAGAGACAGACAAGACAAAAGAAACAAGAACAGACAUUCAAAGGGAAUGCCCCAUACAUCACAAACCACACCCACUGAGAAGAUGCAGGGGUUUUAGAACAAUGCUGCUGGAAGACAGGAAAAAGUUGCUCAAAGACAAUAACAUCUGCUAUCGCUGCCUUGCUUCUACCAGUCACCAAGCAAAGGACUGUAAGGCCACAAUAAAGUGUGACAAAUGUGACAGUGAGAGACAUCUAGCAGCUCUUCAUCCAGGCCCAGCACCGCCAACAUCCAAGCCUCCUUCACCACCGAAAGAGCACGGCGGGGAGCAAGAAGUUGCACAGGACACUGAUGUUACAGCCACAUGUACAGAGGUAUGUGGAAAUGGGAUUACUGGAAAGUCCUGCUCCAAGAUCUGUUUGGUGCAAGUCCACCCUAAAGGUGAGCCACACAAGACGAAAAAGAUGUAUGCAAUAAUAGACGAUCAAAGUAACCAGUCACUUGCAAAGACAGAGUUUUUCGACAUGUUUGCAAUACAAGGCACAACUAUCCCAUACAUGCUAAAAACCUGCUCUGGUGUGACUCAAGUUAGUGGCAGAAGAGCCUGCGACUAUGUUGUUCAGUCAUUCGAUGGUAAAAUGAGCUUUCCUCUCCCCAUGCUUAUAGAGUGCAAUGACAUCCCAAACAAUAGGGAUGAGAUACCCACUACAGAAGCUGCUUCACACCAUCCUCACCUGAAAGCCAUAGCUGGUGAGAUACCGCCCCUCGACCCACAUGCUGACAUCCUGCUGCUGAUUGGACGUAAUCUUCUAAGGGUCCACAAGGUCAGAAAACAAAUAUGUGGCAAGCACAAUGACCCAUUCGCACAGAAGUUUGACCUAGGCUGGGUCAUCAUCGGGGAUGUAUGUCUGGGUAGCGCCCACAAGCCAAGGGAAGUAAAUACUCUCAAGACACAUGUGCUAGACAAUGGUCGCCCAAGCUAUCUCACUCCCUGCAACAGUCGCUUCAGCGUAAAAGAGAGCUUCGCACUGAGCCAGUACAAAGCCAUUUCCAAUCCGCUGCCACCUCCAAGCCUACGAGCAAAGCCCACAGAUGAGAACUUAGGAGAGACUGUUUUUAACCAAACGAAUGAAGACAACCGCCUUGCACACUCAGCUGAAGACCUCAUCUUUCUGGGAAGGACGGAGCAGAUCUUCAAAGAUGACACUAACAGCUGGGUUGCACCACUCCCGUUUAGAAACCCGAGAUGCCUUCUCCCAGACAACAGGUGCUACGCCCUUAAGCGCCUCGAGUCUCUCCGACGCACGCUUGACAAGAAGCCAGACAUGAAAAGACAUUUCAUUGAGUUCAUGCAGAAGAUGCUUGACAACAAACAUGCUGAGCUUGCACCACCUCGGACCAAAAACAAAGAGACCUGGUAUCUUCCCACCUUUGGUGUCUACCACCCACAGAAACCUGAGAAGAUCCGUGUGGUGUUCGACUCCAGUGCUCAGUUUGAUGGAGUGUCUCUCAAUGAUGUCCUGCUUUCUGGCCCUGAUCUUAACAACACACUUGUGGGUGUGCUCCUACGGUUCAGGAAGGAACCUGUCGCUAUCACAGCGGACAUCGAGCAGAUGUUUUACUGCUUUGUUGUCCAGGAGGGUCACAGGGACUACCUUCGCUUCCUGUGGUACGAAGACAACGACCUAACCAAAGAUGUUGUGGACUAUCACAUGAGGGUGCACGUCUUUGGUAACAGCCCCUCCCCGGCAGUGGCGAUCUAUGGGUUGAGAAUGGCAGCAAAAGAAGCAGAAGUUGAAUAUGGAUCCGACGCAUGUAACUUCAUCGAGCAAGACUUUUAUGUUGACGAUGCACUAAAGUCUUUCCCUACAGAAGCUGAGGCAAUUGACGUCCUACAGAGAGCCCAGAAAAUGCUUGCCCUUUCUAAUCUACGUCUCCACAAGAUAGCUUCCAACAAAGUGGAAGUGGUGAGCGCCUUCCCUCCUGAAGAUAGAGCAAAAGAGAUCAAAGACCUUGAUCUAACAACAGACCAUCUCCCAGUCCAACGCAGUUUGGGUGUGAUUUGGAACACCACAUCAGAUACAUUCACUUUUGACGUCCCACUAGAACAAUAGCCCUUC